CGAUCAACAAUAAAAAAAAGCGAGAAAGAAACGGAGAAGAAGAGAACUGCAAAACUAUAAAAACCGAAAGAAACUGUAAAAAAUAAAUGCUAAAGGUGGUUAUUUUUUUUGUAAAGCAAUAAUGAAAUCUUAUGCGAGAAUAGUGAAGUGUUAAUCGUAACGCAGCAAAUCGCUGCCGCUGCGUUGCUUGCGCUUGCAAAAAGAACAUUAAAUCGCCUGGCAAGAAGAAGAGCGGAACGGAGCAAAGUGUGUGUGUGUGCGUGUGUGAAUAGACAACAACAAGAGACUUGAAGUGAAGUUCAAAUGCAAUGGAACUGCAUAAUUCAUCUAGAUAAAUAUCAGUAGCAAUCAGCAAAUAAAAACUUUAGUUUAGUUUACUUUUUACAUUGUUGUUUUGCUGCCGCUGCAGGUGCGCGCUUCAAUAGCAACAACAACACGACACGCACGACGACGCUGCCAACAACGCUGACGACAUGCGCGCGUAGAGUUGCCAGCUGCAAAUUGCAAAUUGUGUUUUCCUCGAAAUUGUGCACUUUUUAGUGAAGAAAAUGAUGAAUUGGUUCAUUAGCUCCCGCCGAUUCCAGUUGCUGUCUCCCUUGAUUGGACAUUCCGAAACGAAGUAAAACAGUCUCAGCAUCUGCAUCUUCAUUUCAAAUAUUCAUAUCCAAGUGCAAUUGUUAAAUCCAACCCAGCGCAGAGAUCAGACACGGUCUUUGUUUUAGUGCUCAAUCAAAAACACUUUUUCAACCGCGUUGUGGUCUCCAUUGUGAGAUCAACGACGCCGCUUAAAUAAAUUUUCCUUCUCCGACGUUGAAAAAAAGCUGCCACCAUUCGGAAAAAAAACACCUCCAAUAUGACCCACAAUCUCGGUAUGGCGCCGUAUCGAUUGCCGGGUCCAGCAGGCGGACUAUGUCCGCCUGACUUCAAGCCGCCGCCUCCAUCGGAUAUCAUCUCGGCGCCGAGUAAUCCGAAAAAGAGGCGAAAAACCUCAAAUGCGGCUAACUCGGCUGCGGCUGCUGCAGCAGCGGCGGCUGCAGCUGCGGCCGCUGCCGCCAAUUCCAUGCAACAACAGCAGCAGCAAUCGGCUCCACCAACGCCGCAAGAUCUCCUACCGCCACCACCAAUGGGCGGGUUUGGGGACACGAUAGUCGCCUCCAAUCCUUUUGAUGACAGCCCUCAGAUAUCGGCUAUGUCUAGCUCGGCAGCGGCUGCUAUGGCGGCUAUGAACCAGAUGGGUGCAGCAGGCGGUCCAGGAGGUCCGGGCCACUUUGGAGGUGGCCACCCACAUCCACAUUGGGAGGAUCGCAUGCACAUGCAUCCUCACAUGCAUCCACAUCAUCCAGGCGGUCCGAUGGGACAUCCACAUGGACCACAUCAUAUGGGUGGACCGCCCAUGCGCGGCAUGAGUCCAAUGCAUCCGCAUUCGAUGGGACCGGGACCAGGUGUUGGUUUGCCGCCGCAUAUGAAUCAUGGUCGGCCCGGUCCUGGCGGUCCUGUUCCCAUGGGUAGUCCAAUGGGAGGGAUGGCUGGCAUGGGUGGAAUGAGUCCAAUGGGAAAUAUGGGCGGACCAAGCAUAUCACCACAUCACAUGGGCAUGGGAGGAUUAUCGCCAAUGGGUGGUGGUCCCAACGGACCCAACCCCCGAGCUAUGCAGGGUUCACCGAUGGGAGGAGCAGCUGGCGGUGGUCCUGGUCAGAAUUCACCGAUGAAUUCAUUACCGAUGGGCUCUCCAAUGGGUAAUCAUCCCAUAGGUAGCCCAUUAGGCCCACCGCCCGGAGCUGGACCACAGCAACAGCAGCAGCAACAACAACAGCAACAACCUCCGCAGCCACCCAUGAAUAAUGGACAAAUGGGUCCUCCUCCUUUGCACAGUCCUCUUGGCAAUGGUCCUGCGAGUCAUGGCAAUCAUAUGCCUGGUGGGCCAGGUCCGGGACCAGGUCCUGGGCCAGGCAAUCUAGUCGGGCCUGGAGGCAUUUCUCCCGCGAAUAGCAACAACAACUCUGGCGGGGGUGGAGGCGGUCCAGGAAUUAGCAAUACUCCCAACAACAACAGCAACAAUAAUGGCAACAACAAUCAAAAUCCUCAUUUAUCCCCGGCCGGUGUCCGUCUAGGUAUGCCCACGUCAAUGCAGUCAAACGGUCCUUCAUCAUCGUCUGCGUCCACGUCCUCAUCAUCGUCGUCCUCGACGGCCGCAUCAGCUAUCACAGUCCCGCCUACAUCAUCGUCGUCGGCGACAGCCACAUCGAUGUCAACGUCAGUGCCUACAUCCUCGCCAGCGCCGCCCGCCAUGUCACCGCACCAUUCACUGAACAGUGCCGGUCCCAGUCCAGGCAUGCCCAAUACGGGACCCAGUCCUCUGCAAUCGCCAAUUGCCGGGCCCAAUGGACCCAAUAAUAACAAUGGUCCCAUGAUGGGUCAGCAGAUGAACCCUAAUGUUCCUAUGCAGCAGCAGCAACAGCAGCAGCACAUGAGUGGCUUACCGCCUGGCCACGGCCCUGGACCCGGAAUGGGAAUGAAUCAAAUGCUGCCGCCACAGCAGCCGUCUCAUUUAGGUCCACCACAUCACCCGCAGCUAAUGAAUCACCCGCAUCAUCAUCCGGGUGGAAUGCCACCACAUAUGAUGGGUCCAGGAGGCAUGCAUGGACCCGGCGGCAUGCCACACAUGGGCGGCGGACCCAAUCCGCACAUGAUGGGUGGUGCAGGACCGCAUAUGGGUCACGGACACAUGGGAGGCGUGCCCGGACCGGGUCCAGGUCCAGGCGGUAUGAAUGGCCCCCCGCAUCCUCAUAUGCCGCCUCAUGGACAUCCCCAUCAUCCACAUCAUCACCAUCACAAUCCAAUGGGUGGUCCCGGCGGCCCGAAUAUGUUUAGUGGCGGCGGCGGGGGAGGAGGAGGACCAAUGGGUCCCGGUGGUCCUAUGGGGAAUAUGGGCCCAAUGAGCGGUCCAAUGGGUGGCGUAGGGCCAAUGGGCGUAGGGCCCAAGCCGAUGACAAUGAGUGGCGGUAAAAUGUAUCCACCGGGUCAGCCGAUGGUCUUUAAUCCCCAAAAUCCGAAUGCACCGCCUAUAUAUCCGUGUGGUAUGUGCCACAAAGAGGUUAACGACAACGACGAGGCCGUCUUCUGUGAAUCUGGUUGUAAUUUCUUCUUUCAUAGAUCCUGUGUAGGCCUAUCGGAGGCGGCCUUCCAAAUGCUCAACAAGGAGGUGUUUGCGGAGUGGUGCUGUGACAAGUGCGUGAAUUCCAAACAUAUACCCAUGGUCAAGUUCAAAUGCUAAGGCUAAUGCUGAGGAAAAGAACACCUAUGACAAAGCUCAACUUACACUCGUAGACGGAAAAGGAGACGCAUAUGAUAAGGGCAAUCAAACAGCAGCUAGCACCACUCACUCACUGUAUAAAUAUCCAAGCAUUAACUAUAUCAUAAUUUAGCAAUUAAGUCGCUCAAUAGUCAAGAAUCCCCAUGACCCUCCCUCCCACACUCUUACUAUCUCUACCUAUUUACCUAACCCGCCCAGCCACUCCACGCCCACCCAAACUCAACGAAUGCACUAUAAGAAAGAACCAACCGAUGUGCCGGAGAAGUGUUGUGACCUUUGGCUCCGGACCGGUACUAUUACGUGAAUGCUUGAAAGCAAAAUGCAUUAUGAAAAUGCUAAUGUAAACCCUAACGAAAUAUGUUAAUUGUAAAAUAGAUUAAACACAUAUAUAAACAAAAAAAGAAUGUUGGAAUCGGAAUUCGGAUAUGGCAACGGAAAUGUAAAACUUAGAAAUUAGAUUUAAAUAAAAAAAAGAGAAGAAAACAUAACUUUAAUACACACACACACACCCACACACAAACACACAGAGACAAAAUCUUAAUUUGUAUUAUAAACCAAAAUUUUCAUGAAAUUAUCAAACAGCAUUAAAGUAAAACCAAAUUCGGACAUUUUUUUGUUUGAAUAAUAAAUGCUCCACAAUCAUGUCAGAUAAACACACAAAUACAAAUAUGAAAAAUAUACAAAAUAUCUAAAUAACAUAUUCAGACACACCUUGCGACAAUGUCUCUAUAUAUACAUAUAUAUAUUGAUGUAUUGUAAAAACCUUGUAACUUCAUGAAAUUAUCAUUGUGUGCAUGCGUUCAAUUGAUUGAUUGAUUUAUAUAUACACCAUAUAUAUAUAUGUAUAUUUUUAUCUUUUCUGCGUGUGGAUGGAUCUUGAAUAAUACAAAUUUUUAAUCUUGAUUGAAUUUAAAAUGUGUGUGCGAAUGAGAAAUAUAGAGUAUGUUAGCAAAGCAGAUGAAAAAAAAAACACAAAACACAAAAAAACAUUUUACGAUAUACUAAAACGAUGUGGGAUAAUAUAUCAAUAUCGAACAAAAAGCAUAAAAGAAAGGCACAAGAAAUUCGAAAUUACAUUGAGCAAAGAGGGAAAUUUUUUGUAAUUAAAGAUAAGAGAACAAUACGCAAGCUCAGCGAGUUGGAAGUAAUUGGGAAUUCGGAGAGAGAAUGAGAGAGAGAAAAAACAAACAUCAAGAAAACAAAAUUGUAAAAAUAGGAAAACAAAAUUACUAGAAUAUAUUGAAACUUUAAGUUAUUUAUAAUUAAAUAAAACUAUAAUAUUAAAUAAAGGUCAAUGAAGUUUAUAUAUAUACAUACAUACAUCUCGGAAUGUAAACAAAUGCUGAUCAUUUUAAGUAAAAGUAAAUUUACUGAGUUUCA